UCUCGCGAUUGAGAGAGCUUCGGUACUCCCAUCAGCGAUUCCGCAUUUCGUUCCCCCAUUCGUGCCUAAAGCGCGAAAAAAGAUUCCCAUCAGAAGUUUUCCGCCAUGGCGCCGCCAUGGCGUGGAUCACGCCGAGCGUGCCUCCUCCCUGGGCGUUCCUCACCCACCAGCCAUCAGAACCUCCAUCGAAGCGCAUCACACCUUCCCCGGCUCCCUCCCUUCGUUGCAUCGCCACGCCUUACCACGCAUCACUGCUUCUCUCGCUGCGCUGGACAGAGUCUCUCACUCCCCACCCCGACUCGCUAUGAUUCACGUUCACCGUCGUCGAUUUCCUCUCCUGUGGUUCUAAAGUCGCCGCUUACUAGCAACUCGUAUCAGGUAGCACUUUGAGUUAACGUUCCCCUUCGUCGAAUAUAGGCCAUGGAUCCCACUCGUGGAACGGACGCUGCUGUCGCUGCUCACCGUUCCUUUGAUAAACUCCCUGACGAUUUACUUGUUCACUUAUUUCGGUGCGUCGAACAAGGUUUAAUCUCCUCACCGCUGCAACCGCCGAUGGCGUCAGCAUCAUCACCAUCGGUUUCUUCUAGCACCUCCUCCUUCUCCUCCUCCUCCUCUUCCUCCUCCCGAGGCACCCUCGCGCUCGUGAGUCGCCAGUGGUUUCGACUCGCGUAUGGCACGAUCACGUCGCUCGACCUCUCACGCCGGCAGGGAAUCUCCGCCUCGCAGUUCGUCAGCACCGUCAGCCUCGCGCCCAAUCUCACGUCUCUUCAGGUCGCCCUUUCCGGCACAGACCUUAUCACGGACGCCUUCAUUGCGCUGAUCGCACAAGUGUGUCCCCGCCUCGAGUGCCUAUCGCUUUUCGACAACUUGCGCUAUGGUGGUGCUGAGCACCACGUGUGGACGUCCGACGGGCUCGACUCGCUCUUCCGGAGGCGCACGCAGCUGAAGGAUCUCUCGCUUGCCUGCUCGCCCUCCGUCACCCAUCUCCCUGCAAGCAUUUCCCAAAUGGCUGGGCUCGAGCAGCCCCAGAUAUUCUCAAGGCUCAUUGUCAACCUGCCAGAGGAGAUCGGAGGGCUGCAGGCGCUGAAGGCCCUCCACGUGAACGCACCUCGGCUCACAGCUCUGCCCGACAGCCUUAGUGACCUCUCCAAUCUUCAGGAGCUGUCGCUCGAAGGCUGCUCGGAUCUGACAUCGGUACCUGAGGCAAUCGGGCAGCUCCUGAAGCUGCGUGCAUUUCACGUCAGGGACUGCAGCACGCUUCGCUCCCUCCCUGACGUUGUCUUCAGCUGCACCACCCAGGAGUCUCUGGACCUCGAACUGCCGAACCUGGCCAGGCUGCCGGAGAGUAUGAGCCAUCUGCAGAGCCUGCAGCGUCUCAUUGUGGACAGGGGCUUCAGGGCUCUAAGGCUCCCCACGUCCUUCACGCUGCUGUGUGCCCUCGAGGAGCUGACUUUGGACGUGUGCCUCCAGCAGCUGCCGGAAGGCUUUGAGACUCUCAUCAGUCUGCGAAGGCUGGAGCUGAAAUGCUCUGAGCUCACUCACCUCCCUUCCUCUCUGCCGCAGCUCUCCCUGCUUGAACACCUUGCGAUCGUUGGAUGCGAUCAGCUGGUGUCUCUGCCAGACACCAUAGGGCAGCUGCCAGCACUCAGGGUGCUCCGCCUCGACUGCUUGGAGAAUCUCCAGAGCCUUCCCGAUUCCAUUGGCCAACUGCAGCAGCUGAGGUCGCUGUCAAUAAUUUGCUGUGAUUGGCUCGACGUGCUGCCAGAGUCCCUGGUGCACCUUAGUGCCUUGGAGAGACUCGAGAUUCUCUACUGCGUAUUGCUCUCCUCCCUACCCAGAGGCAUGCACCUCUUGACAAGCCUUCAGUGGCUAAAACUCAGCGAUUGCCCAGGGAUCUGUGAGCUGCCUAACAGCAUCUCCUUCUGCAAAGCCCUUGAGUGCAUUUCCAUCGAAGCUUGCCACGCUCUCACAACCAUUCCUGAAGGAAUUCGGCACCGGGUUAGAAUGCAGUGCAGCAGUGGAUGGUGAUGCGAUGUCACUGAUGGUAGUCUGUAGUGCAGUAGCUGUGAAAUGGUACUAGCUGAGGGUGGUGUGGUGGUCACAUACAAAUCAUAGCUAUCUCCAUUGUUCGAUUCUCCUUGCUAGAUACACUACCAUGCUGCACUCUGCAUCAGUGCUAGAAGCUGUACCCUCUAAGGCAAAAAC